AUGGACAACGUCCACUGCAUGGCCGAUGCGGCCGAGCGGCGACGUACUCAAAACCGCCUAGCUCAGCGCAAAUCCCGCGGAAUUGUGGGGAUAGAGAAGAAGCGGAGGAUCGGAAACAAUGCCAUUUUACAGACGCCUCAAGAACCGAACGGAACCUUCAGGGCACCAUCACAAUCAACACCAACCGUCGACAAUAAUGGGGAUUUUCUAAUGGACUCCCUGCCUUCGUUCGAAGGUGCGCUCACCAUACCGGGCGGAGCUUUUCCUCCAAACGAAAUACCGAUCGCUAGCACACAACCGGAGCCGGUAGAAGACUUCGAUCUCGAUGCGAUCGACCAGUUCUUGUACCAAAGCAACACUAAUUUCUGCUCCCUUUUAUCCGAUUCAUUACCCGUCCAAUCAAGCUUGGCAGGAACAAACUUCCCCCAAAGCAAAUCCCCCGACACUGCUUCGCCCAAGAUACCCUCCAAUAGCGCAGAAAGCGAUCAUUCGAAGCUGUUCUGCCGGCACGGGGAUAGUCGCAGGCUGCCAUUAUGUCGCAGAACUUCCGAUUCUAAUAUUCGGCCGGAGAGUCCGGGCCCUGAACUAGAAAUACCGCAAUCACACAACGAUGACACGGUGUUGGAGCUCAUUACAUCGGCCAGAAGUGACAAGGGAUGGAUUAGCACGCUUCACAUCGCCGCUCAAAAGGGGAAUGAGAGGAUUGUUCGAGUUGUUUUGCUGCGUGGUAACAUGGAUGCAAACAAACAAGAUAGUGACGGUCGGACACCCUUGAUACAUGCGAUUAUUGAAAACCACGACUCCGUAGUCCGCCUACUACUCUCCCACGGUGCUCGAAUAGGCGUGUAUGAUUGUGAUGGUCGCUCUGCGCUGCAUUGGGCGGUGUUGCAUCGGCGACUCGGGAUACUGCAGCAAUUGCUUGACCAUCGUGCCAAGUACGAAUCCAGUUUGGAUCUUGAUGUGUACGACAAUUCUGGUUGGACCCCGUUGCACAUGUCCGUAAAUAGAGCUUUCGAGGCUGGAAUCUUGCUGCUUCUCCAGGAAGGCGCGGAUAUCGACGCCAAAGCACACAAAUGCCCGCAUACAGGUAAGGUCGUGCCGCUGACGGAUCGACAGCGAUAA